GCAUCAGCCUCCAGAAACCUUUAUACGCACUAUCACUAACUUCACUCCUUUUCCUGCCAGUAUGGAGUGUAAUAAUGGAUCUCGGUGAGCAGGAAAUGGCUCCAGGUGGCCUUAUAAAGAGCGGACAAAGUCCUCCAUUUGAAAUUUUAAUUCUUCAACCUCAUUUACUGGUCGUGAAGGACUAUUGAGAUGCGCCUUUCACUUCUUUCAGUGUUUGCCAUUGCUGGCUACCAGGCCAGUGCCCUGUCUAGUCUACGCGUUGACACAACCUCUGGUAGAGCUUACGGGCUUGUCAACGGUUCAGCUCCAGAUGUUGCUCAAUUCCUCGGAAUACCGUAUGGAGAGGCUCCUGUAGGCGAGCUGCGCUUUCGCCCUCCCCAGAGGAAACGGCGUGCAAGGGUUAUUGAUGCCACCAAGCCAGCCGGUCUGUGCCCCCAGUAUCAUGAGGGCAAGGCGAACUAUCCCUCCGUUUACACCUACGACGCGCCGUGGUUGCAACCAUGGGGAAACUGGACUGAAGACUGUCUUAACCUCAAUAUCUGGACCCCGUAUGACCUGAACUCGAGAACGGCAGAGCCCCUACCUGUCAUCAUUUGGAUCUUCGGAGGCGGAUUCUACGAAGGAGGCCUGGAUACUCUAGCCAUGGAUCCAUCGCAGUGGAUACAACGGUCCCAGUCGCAUAUAGUUGUUGCUAUAAACGCACGCGUGAACAUAUUCGGAUUCCCUAACAGCAGAGGCCUGUACGAAGAAGGCUCUAAUCUGAAUGUCGGCCUCCUCGAUCAACGAUCUGCCGUGGAAUGGGUCCGCGACAAUAUCGAGGCCUUUGGUGGCGACCCAUCGAGAAUGGUUCUCUGGGGUCAGAGCAGUGGUUCUGCCAGCACAGACUACUACAACUACGCGUAUCCGAAGGACCCUAUUGUGGGUGGGUUUAUCCAGCACUCUGGGAGUGUAUUCGCAACGGGCGAGAGCAAAGACGCCCAGAUGCUGAAUUUCUCGACUGUUGCGCAGAAUGUCGGCUGUCCGGAUCUAUCAGCCAAGGAUGAGCUGCGUUGUAUGCAAUUCAAUGCCAGCGCCGCCGAUAUCAUUGACUUCUGGCAGCAGUAUAAUCUCGAGCACUCGGAUGCGCAGUUGUCCUUCACAACUAUAGUGGAUGGCGUCACGAAAUUCCCAGACUACACCGAGCGAGCCAACGCUGGAAAUUACUCGAAGCUGCCAGUGAUAUCCGGCACAAACUACAACGAGAUGGCAUCCCUUAUAGACUGGCCAGGCAAGGCAGGGCCUAACCUGACAGAGCUCCAUAUUGAAACACUUGGCCACCAGCAAUGCCCAGCUACCUACAACUCGCGAAUUCGCUUUGAAACAAACUCCACCACGUUCCGCUAUCUCAACAACGCCUCUUUCCCGAAUAUUUCGCCCCGGCCAUGGGAAGGCGCCUACCACACGUCAGAGCUGCCUCUGCUGUUCGGAACGUUUACACAGUAUGGAAGCUCGCCGCCAUCGAAGCUCGAAUACAAUACUUCGGCAAGAUGGCAGGAUCUCUAUGCGGCCUUUGCACGCGACCCAGUUGGUGCUCUACCUGCAGCUGGCUGGCCUGCGUGGACACCCACGGGGAAGGUCUUGAUGUGGAAUCCAAAGGACAAUAAUGGGACGACUGUUGCGGUGUCCCGGCUUAUUGAUGCGGAAGAGGUUGCUACGCCUUGUAAUGAUAUUACCUGGAGCAUUCAGACACCGUAAGCAGUCGUCUCCUGGCAUCAUACAUAUACCAUUUAUGUAUCAUAUAUUCACAGCGAGUAUAGUAAAGUCCUAC